AGUGCGCUGUGUGCCUCGAGUGCUUGCACGUGCUUAAACCCCUGGGCCGAAAGGAGGGUUUCCCUGUGCACAGGAAUAGAGACACACGUGAAAUAACUUCAGCCAGAGUGCGAGCCGGGAGCCUAGCUCUCCGUUAGAGUCUGGCAUGUGGGCUUUGAGGUGUUCCCAAGGUACGGGGUGUAUGGGACUGGGCACUGGUAGAGAGCACUUUUCAGCAAGGAUGUACCUGGGGAGCGUAAUUCAGACCUGAGGCAUUAAACCUGGCUGGCCAACUGUCCUUUCUUCCCACUCUUCUGUAGAGUAGCCAGGGUUUUCACAAGCUUUCCAUCUGUCUAGGUUGAACCAUCCCAACGUAGUGAGAGCCUGCGAAGUUCCUGAGGAAAUGAACUUCCUUGUGAACGAUGUGCCUCUUCUGGCAAUGGAGUAUUGCUCGGGGGGUGACCUCCGGAAGCUGCUAAACAAACCGGAAAACUGCUGUGGACUUAAGGAAAGCCAAAUACUUUCUCUUCUUAGUGACAUUGGGUCUGGUAUCCAGUAUUUGCACGAAAACAGAAUUAUACACAGAGAUUUAAAGCCUGAAAAUAUUGUUCUUCAGGAUGAAGGUGGGAAGAUCAUUCACAAAAUAAUUGACCUGGGUUACGCCAAGGAUUUGGAUCAAGGAAGCUUGUGCACUUCAUUUGUUGGAACACUGCAAUAUUUGGCUCCCGAACUCUUCGAGAAUAAAUCCUAUUCUGUCACUGUUGAUUACUGGAGCUUUGGAACGAUGGUGUUUGAAUGCAUUGCAGGAUUUCGGCCUUUCCUGCACAAUCUCCAGCCAUUUACCUGGCAUGAAAAAAUCAAGAAGAAGGAUCCAAAACACAUAUUUGCUUCUGAAGAGAUGAGCGGGGAGGUUCGCUUCAGUACUCAUUUGCCACAGCCUCACAGCAUCUGUAGUUUAAUUGUAGAACCGAUGGAAAGUUGGUUGCAACUGAUGCUGAAUUGGGACCCAGAACAGAGGGGUGGAGGUUUAGAUCCUGAAACCAAUUGUCCAAAGUGCUUCCUAAUUAUGGAUCACAUACUGAAUUUGAAGAUAGUGCACAUCCUAAAUAUGACCUCUGCCAAGAUUGUUUCAUUUCUCUUGCAUCCUGAGGAAAGUCUUCAUUCCCUUCAGAUUCGAAUUGAGUUUGAAACUGGAAUAAGCACUGGAAAUCAGGAACUACUCUUGGAAACAGGAAUUUGCCUAGACCCCCGGAAACCUGCUUCCCAGUGUGUUAUUGAUGGCGUAAGGGGCUGGGAUAGCUAUAUGGUCUACUUGUUUGAUAAAAGCAAAACUGUCUAUGAUGGACCCUUUGCUUCUCGGAGUCUGUCUGAAUGUGUAAAUUAUAUUGUACAGGAUAGUAAAAUCCAACUACCAAUUCCUCAGCUCCGCAAGGUAUGGGCAGAAGCAGUUCACUACGUCAUUGGGCUAAAAGAAGAUUACAGCAGGCUUUUCCAGGGCCAGAGAGCUGCCAUGCUGAGUCUCCUUCGGUAUAAUGCCAACCUAAUCAAAAUGAAAAACAAUAUGGUAUCAGCAUCUCAGCAACUGAAAGCAAAGCUGGAAUUCUUUCACCAGAGCAUUCGCCUUGACCUGGAGAGAUACAGCGACCAGAUGGCUUAUGGCAUAUCUUCAGAAAAGAUGCUGAAAGCAUGGAAGGAGAUGGAAGAGAAGGCCUCUCAGUGUGCCCAGGCUGAAGAUAUUGGAUAUCUGGAUGAACAGAUCAUGGCUCUGCACACAGAGAUUGUGGAGCUUCAGAAGAGUCCAUAUGCAAGGCGCCAAGGAGAAGUCAUGGAGAGCUUGGAACAGAAAGCCAUAGACCUGUACAAGCAAUUAAAAACAAGACCUCCAGAUCAUGCCUACAGUGACAGCACAGACAUGGUAAAGAUUAUUGUGCAGACAGUUCAGAGCCAAGACCGAGUUCUGAAGGAGCUCUUUGGCCAUCUCAGCAAGCUCUUGGGCUGUAAGCAGAAGAUUAUUGACUUGCUUCCAAAGAUUGAAGUGGCUCUAAAUAACAUCAAAGAAGCUGAUAACUCAGUGAUGCAGAUGCAGGGCAAAAGACAAAGGGAGAUAUGGCAUUUGCUGAAAAUUGCUUGCACUCAAAGCUCUUCUCGUUCACUGGUAAGCUCCAGCCUAGAAGGGACAGCUUCAACUCCAGCAGCCACGUGGGCUCCUCAGGGCUCCUCAGAAUAUGCACCUCACCCUCUUUCAUCUAUGGCAACUCCUGGAGAUGGGGAAAACUUUGUUGACGUGAUAGAGGAGAACUUGAAUUAUCUUGAUCGCUUUAGCAGUAUGUUGCAGGAGGCAAGAGAAGAGCAGAACUGCUUGACGAACUUCGACUGGAGCUGGCUGAAGUAGUCCCAGGAGCUGUGCUGCUUCCUGCCUGUGUGCAGACAGCUGGCCGCAGCCCCACGCCACGUGCCCCAUCGCCUCUUGGUUUGCCCAUAUGGAUUGCCCAGGCCGUGGGGCCAGCAGCAGAUGUACGAAACUGGCACUAAUUUUUACAGACCGUGGCCUCCUUGUGCCUUCAACACAGCGAGCGUUCUGUACGGCAGGGACGCGGCACGCCCUGCAUCGCCCUGAGGAAGCAGCCACCCUCAAGGCAGCACCCUUGCCCGGGGCUGGGCCUGCAGUUGAGGAGAGGACGCGGGCCCCGCAGCAGAGAGCGAGGGGAGGCUGGGGCUGGUAGCCGCGGGGCCCAGCGGAGCGUUUGUAACGUAUCGACGGGUGUGCGCGUGUAUUUUAAGCAGAUUUUAUCGUUAAUAAACGCGGUUCGUAGGCUG